CCUACACCCGACCUCAAGUUAACCUUCGAUGGCGGUUUCGUGACUGUACACAGUAUCCUUCUGACCACGGCCUCCGCGUUCUUCGCUGCCGCUCUGAAACCCGCCUGGAGCGAACCCGGUCGAGGGAUACUUUGCGAGGUCGCCGUGGAGGACGAAAGAACCGCAGAGGCAUUGACCAAAGUGAUCUACAUCAACUCGGGCUUUUCAGUAGAGGCAAUGAUAAAGGCAACACUCGCGUCUGAAGCCGAAAAGUCGUUUUGCAAGGAGUUGGACUGGUUUUGUAAGAUGCUGGAUCGCUACCUGCUCAAGCCUUGGAUUGCUCGCAUGUCCUGGCUUCUGAAUUCGGUUCUUUUACAUACGAUUGGACGUUACGAUCUACCUUGCAGCACCGAGGGGAUCGUGCGUCACGCCGCUCUCCAUUGGGGUGCUUUGCAAUCGCUCGGCAAGCCUUACAAACAGCUCCUGCGUUCAGCAUCCGACGUGAUCCCAAUUAUACUGAGUACCAUGCAUGUGCUCUAUUCUGACGGUAUCAUUCAGAUGUUUUUGAAAAUCAAAGAUCAUCUCAUAGAAGCCCUAUGCGAUCAGUGCAGCCCGGGUCCGAAGUUCACGGGAUGCUUAACUGUUGCAUGUCAGCCGAACAAACGGGCGGUCAACAUCGCAGCGGGGUUUCAUGAAGCCGAUUUCGAUGUCUUGAACUCACCACUCCGCUAAAACUUGCUGAAACUUGUACCGCAAUACCAUGAGUAGUGCUGGAACGGCAUUUGGGGAUAAUCACUCUCCGUAGGCCAGGAAUUGGGUGGUUUUCAUAUUUCUUCGGUCCACCACCACAAUGACUGGCUUACGGGCAGAUUGACUGAAGUUACCGGUGCAAUUAGGGCUAACCCAAAUGAUAUACAUAAUAUGUGCUGAUUUUUGCCACUUCAC